GUAAUGCACAAAAGCCCUAUUUUAAAAGAAAACAUCAGAUUAAACAAUAACCAAAGACCUACUUAUUUAAAUAAAAACAAAUAAAAAACAUCUUCUUUGGAGAAGAACUCUAAUUCGAAUAAAUCAUUACUUAAUGAAAUUUAAAACUAGACUCCAAAUUAACCAAAAAAAGUCACUUCUACUCAACCUUCUGAUCAAAAAUUACAUAAUUGUAUUUCUAUUAAAUAUAAUAAAGAAGGUUAAAUUCUUAAAUCGCUUAUGAAAAUAUAAAAUAGAACUAAUCCUAUUUUAACUUAAUAGAAUUGCUAUGCUGGUAUAAAACUAAAUUUUAAUAAUUAUCUAUGUAAUAUUAUUUGUUUUAAAAAAUUAGUAAAUGAAGAAAAAAGAAUAAAUACAAAUCAAUACAAUUCGUUAAAUCAAACUGUUUAACCAUCUCCAAAAGCCAAAACUAUCUCAUUAUCUACUUAUACAGUAAUAUUAGUUUAGUUAUUAUUAGAGUACUUAAAGUCCUGAAGUUAGAGAGAAAGAGAUGAGAUAAGAGAAAAUUACAUCAUUCAAAUAAUUAAUAUAAUAGACUAAAUAAUGUUUAGAAAAUAUGAAAAUAUCAGAUAUUAAGUAAUCUAUAGAUAAAAUAUUUGAUAAUACAAUUCAACCAUUACUUUAAUUAAAAGUAUUAAAUUGUUUUAUUAAAAUUAGAAUGAAGUUAUAAAGUAAAUUGAGAAAUGUUUAAAUGCUGAAUAAUAUUAAAUUAGAUCAACUAUAGAUUCAUUAAAGAAAAUGGAAGAUGAUAUCUUAUCUAAUGAAUUUAAUAUCAUUGAAUAUAUGACAAUGGGACCAUUUAAUGAAAUAAUGUAGAUUUAUUAAAAGAGAUUUUAAGAACAUUCUAUUUUCACUUAAUAAUUAAAUUAACAAGAAUUAGUUAUACAUUAGUUUUAAAAGUUACAUGAUAAUUUUACAUAACAAAAUUAAUUGUUAUGUAAAUAAUUAUCAUAAUCUUUUUAAACAUAUUUAUCUUUAUUUAUUUCAUUCUAAAAUAAGGAUGAUUUUUAUGAAUUGAAAGAUAAUAAUAAUACUUAACCAUGUACUUAAAAUAAUAAUUAAUAUACAUAAGAGAAUUUAUUUUAAACAUGUGAAACAAAUAAUUCAAUUGAUGAAGAUUAAGUUAUUAUGAAAGAUCAAUAAAUUAUAAGAAAUCCAGAUAAAACAUCUUAAUUUACUUAAUUACUUAUGUUGAAUAAUUAAAAAAAAUUAAUUUUAGCUGAAUCACCCAAAUUCAAAAAUUGA